CGUUUUGUUUUUUGAUUGAUCGCGCUCUGUUUAUUUUUCCCGUUGGUUGUUGUGGACUUUGGAACACCCAUUUCUCUUUCGAUUGUGUUUUUCGAUCGUCUAUUUUCGUGGCCAGACAUGAAUGGCUAUUUGAACGUCGUGAAUUAACUGCAUUUGGCCGACAGUUGCUGUUGUCGCCCUUUUUGAAAACUCGUCGUUUUUUGUUUGUCUGUCACACUGGAAGUGAUAUAGUGUUCCAAAUCGAUAUAUUUUCAAGAAAGGAAAUAUACAAACGAAAAGGAAAAUACCAAUGCGACUGACUACAAACAAGGCGUCGGGCUGGCUCACUCGGCUGGUCCUGACCGCCGCCCUUCUUCUCUCGGAAUAUGCCGCCGCUAAUGGUGGUAAACCACCACGGAUCACGGAACAUCCGUCGGACGUGACCGUGCCUCGCCACGACCCGGUGACAUUGCAAUGCUCGGCAGAUGGAUACCCGACGCCAGUCAUCGAGUGGUACCGAGACGGCGAGUUCAUCAUCAGCUCGAGCAACAGCGCCAGUUCCAGCACGUCUACGGCCUCCUCACGCAUCCUCCUGCCAGGCGGCGCCCUCUUCUUCCUGCGUGUCGUUCACAGCCGCAAGGAAAACGAUGCGGGAGUCUACUGGUGUUUAGCGCGAAAUUCGCAAGGAGUGGCCCGUUCGCGCAACGCAACGCUCACCAUUGCGCAUUUACAAACCGAGUUCAGGACGAUACCUCAACCCGUGCAAGGCAUCGUCGGUGAUUCGGUCGUUCUGGAAUGCGAGCCGCCACGCGGCCAUCCGGAGCCGCAAAUCCGCUGGAAGAAAAACGGGCAAUCGCUGGAACUCGAUUUGGAUCUCGGCGUCGAUUCCGACCGGAUCCGAGUGGAGGAGAGCGGCAACUUGGUCAUCACGAAAUUGGCAGCCAGCGACCAAGGACGAUAUGUUUGUGUGGCGCAGAACAUCAUCGGCAACCGCGAGACGUCGCCGGUAUUGUUGACAGUCAACGUUCGUCCGGGAGUCAUUCGCCCACCUCAAGACAUCACGGCGCUAGUCGGCAGUGACGUCAAUUUCGAAUGCGGCGUGACAGGUGAUCCGACUCCCGUCGUAACCUGGCGACGGGUGGACGGAUCUCCGAUGCCCGCCAACGGACGGACCCGGCCCGUCGACCACAACAAAUCUGGACUCGUUUCCGUCCUGCGAAUCGAGCGCAUCAGCGCCUCGGACAGCGGCCGUUACCUGUGCAACGUCGAGAAUUCAUUAGGGUCGAGUUCCGCGUGGGCGCAAUUGACUGUCCUGGUUCCACCUACCUGGGAUUUCGGUUCGACCGCUAGUGGAAACAGUCAGCCCAAUAACUCUCCUUUACCGAAGGAAGCCAGAGCUCACGCUGGACAAACGUUCACGUUGGAUUGCCCGGCCGACGGGUCUCCCAAACCGCUCAUCUUCUGGAGCAGGGAAGGACGAGCGCAACCUUAUUUCGCCAACGUGGCCGACGAGGAUUCGCAAUCCAGGUGGAGCGUCCUGGGCAACGGGACGUUGGUGAUCCGCGACGUGCGCAGGGAGGACGCGUCCGCGUUGUGGUGCGCGGCUGUUAACGAAGCCGGCAGUUUAAUGGCUCGCACCAGACUGGAAGUGAUCUCGAUUUCGAAACCGCCUCCGGUUGUCAUAGAGGUCGGCCCGGCCAACCAGACGCUUCCGACCAAAUCACCGGCUUCGUUACCUUGCCAAGCGGAAGGUCAGCCAGUCAAAUGGACGAAAGAUGGCCGACCGUUGAACGUCAGUUUGGCCGUGGAUACGUUCAAUAAUGGCGGAUCGCAGGGAUCGCAUCACCAGCCGCGCAUCAGCCUUUCAGAUUCGGGUUUAUUAAUGAUUGAGGACUUGCAGCUGAGCGACGCGGGGACGUACACGUGCGAAGUGGGCGAGGACGAUCAGUUCGCCGCCUGGACAGCGACCCUGGCCGUAGCCAGUCCCACCAAUCCUAACGUGGUUUUCUAUCGCAGUCCUAGCGAUCCGAUGGCUCUACCGGGAUCGCCUUCGCAGCCUCGUCUUCUUCAAAAAUCGUCCACUAGUUUGACGAUUGGAUGGCAAAGCGGGUCGCGAAUGGGAGCGUCGACUCUCCUCGGCUACACGAUCGAAGUCUUCAGUUCGGCCGAGGACGAUCACGAUGGCGAAUCGGCUCGUCCCAGGCAAGGCAGUUGGACCUGGACGGGACCUUUCGUUCAAGUCAAACGAGCCUGGCGUAUCGUGACGCGCGGAUUGAAAGCGGAUCAGUUCACUUUGAACGAUCUCCAACCGGCCACGUCUUACACGUUCCUCGUGCGAGCUGAGAACAGUCACGGACUUUCCCUUCCCAGUCCCGUGUCGCCUUGGUUCACGACGUUGCCCGCCAUCAGACACAACGGCCAAGGACAGUGGCAAUCGGCAGCUGAAUUAGAGGAUGUCCGGCUACGGCUCUCCGCCCCGCGGCUUCGUUUGGAUCAAGCUCGCUCUCUCAAUUCGACGAGCGUCCGCCUGUCUUGGCAAUUAUUAGACGGCGAUAGCGACACGACCCUCGAUGCUAUCCACAUCUGGUACCGCCGGGCAGAGGCCAACAAUGAUUCCGACGAUGAUGAAACUUUGAAUGAAGAAGUCGUCCUUCCCAUGAACCGGAUCAUGUCUGCAAACCAUCUGGGGUCGUUCUCUCACACGUUGGGCGCAUUAUCGCCGUACACGCGAUACGUUUUCUUCCUAGUUCCAUCGUUCCGCAACGUCCUCGGACAGCCAUCGAACAGCAAAACGGAACGCACCAUGGAAGCAGUACCAGCUGGUCCACCUUUGAAUCUGGCUGUCAGGCAAUUGAACGCCACAAGUGUAUUGGUUCAGUGGCUACCACCACCCAUUGCUCUACGAAAUGGCAACAUUACUUCCUAUCAGAUAAGCGUAGCUUUGGACGGCACGAAUCCCAGAACUCUACUGGCCAAUCUGACCAUCCCAGCUCUACCGACGUCCGUCGUCAUUGGAGGACUCAACACGAACACAGCCUAUUCCAUCCAGGCGGCCGCAUGGACGCUGAUGGGCCUAGGACCGACAAGUCCACCCGUCGUCUAUCGAAUGGAACCCUUGAUUUCAUCUUCGUCCACUAACGUUCGUUCCGGAUCUUCGUCUCCUUCACUGGCCAAACCGUCGGACGAUGAGAAUUCGAUGGGUGGAUCAGAUUCAGCUCCGCAGGGAGUGACGCAGGUGGUCCAAGAAACCUGGUUCAUUCUGCUGCUCGGUGGCAUUUUAUUGGCAAUUCUUUGUCUGCUCGUGGCCGCGCUUCUCGUGCGUCGCAAUCUGGCCAAAAAGAAAGCGUUGUCUGCUUUGAGCAAGUCCGAUCCCAUCGUCGACGCAAGCUGUCAUGGAAUGGUUGGAGGUGUAGCUGGAACGGUGCGUGGCCGUGAAGCUUUCUGGUCACGGGGAUGGUCGACGUCCAUUGGAAACGCCAAAGAAAUGGAUGCCCAGGCAACGCUUUUACCUCACGGCGUUGGAACGACGGCCAUCAUGAAUCGCUCCUUGGUCCCUCCGCCGGAAUACGCCGAGCUUCUAGGUCACGGUGCCAAUCAGGACCAAUCUCAACAUCAACAUCCGGGACAAUUGAGUCUCAGUUCGUUUUUGCCCAGACGCAAUGCCAACGUCCAGCAACCCCACCCGGCAGCGUACGCGACAACGACCUUGGUCGCCCAUCGCAAUAACCCCGGCAAUAACCAACAGCACUGCGUCAAUCACGAUCCUUACGCCGCUUCGUGUUCGGCCUUUUCGGCGUCUGAUUCCAGUGGGUACACCACCGACGAGCUGGGCGAUCGCUGCCGCCGUCCGUAUCCGUCUGGAAUCAGCUCGAAAAGCCGACAGAGCAACGGUAGCAACGGUGUUAAGCCAUUGCCCAACCUGGGCGAGUUACUUCCACCUCCGCCACGUCAUCCUCCACCCAUCAAUCCAUCCCAGGGUAUAUUUGAUCGACAAAAUACUGAGGCAUUGGCCAACCACUUGGCUAUGAAGAACGCGUCCCUCAACGGGCCUUUACCGGGCCAUUCGUCCCCAGCGUUGUCCAAGAGAAAUAUCGCAUCGAAUGCGCCGGUAACGAACGGACGAUCUUCAAGCUCUCCAUUGGCUGGUUGUGUUACGAGCCAACACGGCGCGACUGGCUCGCACGGUUCGCAUUGCAUCCCCGAUCACUACCAAACUGUGGGUGGCCAGCCAUAUCUCCCGGAGCAAGACGAUGACGUCAGCGACUCUGAAAGUCACGAAAACGAGUACGCUUACGCUUAUCACAACCCGAUCGAGAACGUGAGGUCGAAUGGAAUGCCUUCCGUCAAUCACGAUCAAUGCAAUAUUUCCUACCCGCGUCACAAUAGCUAUUUGCGGCCGUUUAACUCGCAUCAGAAUCAUCAGGGACCUAAACAUCUCAACGCGAACAUGAGCAGCUACGAUCCACAGCAGCCCCGCAGCCUGACAAGUCACUUGCUACCGAAUGGAUCGUGUUUUACGGAUCGCGUCGUCCAACUGGGCAACAUCCAUUCGGUUGAAUCACCAAGGAUUCCUGUAAAGAAUUUUUCCAGUGGCACAGAUUUCUCGUACGAACCCUCGCACAAUUGCCAUGGCUUUGGUAAUGGCCAGGAACGAUCGCAGUCCGAAUGCAACAAUUUCGAAGCUGAUGGCGACGAUGAAAAUGACAGUGGAUCAGACGAUGUUGGCUGCCAGGGUGAGGUUGGCUGUGAUCACAACGAUACCGAGUCUUCGUUGUACGCAGAGGCCAAUAACUACGAUGUACAUUUUGCUGUUCAUCAGCCGAGGGAAUGAAUUCGGAGCCAAAUUAUUAAAAAUUUAAAAAAAAACCAAAACAAAAAAAAAAAAAAAAAACCGCCUAUUUUUUAAAGACAAUUACCUAAUAAUUGCAUGUUCCCUUGUAAAUAAUCUCGGUCAAUAUCAACAAGUUAUUGUCUAGUCAUGUGGAAAGCUUAUUUGUAUGAUACGUGUACAGCUACAAUAAACGCGGGUCAUUCCAUGCAAAA